AUGAGUAGCGAGUUCCUGUCAGAGCUGGCCUGGGAAGAUGGGUUUGCCAUCCCCGUGGCCAACCAGGAGAACAAGAUGCUGGAGGAUCAGCUAUCAAAGCUGCAGAAGGAGAAAUCAAACUUGCAAGAUCAGCUUCGCGACUACGAAGAUCGAAUUAGUUCCAUGACUUCUCACCUUAAAAAUGUGAAUCAGGAAUUUUCAUUCACACAGGCUCUUUACAAAGCAAGGGAGCAUGAGAUUGAAAGCGAAGAGCAUUUUAAAGCCAUCGCUGAAAGAGAGCUGGGCCGGGUCAAGGACGAGAUCCAACAACUGGAGAAGGAGUUGGCGACCAUCCACGAGCGCAAGACCGAUAAGGAAAAUGGCUUAUAUAAAGCCACCCAAAGGCUGGAUGGCUUGAAAUGUCAGAUGAACUGGGACCACCAAGCACUGGAGGCCUGGCUGGAGGAGUCGGCUCACAAAGACAGCGACUCUCUCACCCUUCAGAAGUACGCGCAGCAAGAUGAUAACAAAAUCAGGGCCCUGACCCUGCACUUAGAAAGGCUGACUCUGGAAUGCAACGAGAAAAGGAAGCUUCUAGACAGUGAACUAACGGAGACAUUGAGUGCACAGUUAGAAUUAGAUAAAGCUGCGCAGGACUUCCGGAGGAUUCACCUAGAACGACAAGAGCUCAUCCGGCAGUGGGAGGGCACCAUCGAGCAGAUGCAGAGGCGGGAUCAGGAGAUUGACAGCUGCGCCCUGACAUUAGCAAAGAUAAAGCAGGAAAUAAGAGAAAAAGAAGGCGUGGUGAAAGAAAAGAUCAAGUUUCUGGAAAAUGAGGUUGGGAACAACGUAGAAUAUGAGAGAAGAAUUUCUGUUGCUGAUCGUAAAGUUUUAAAAUGCAGGAUGGAGUACCAGCGACAUGAAACCAGCAGGAGUCAACUGAAGGACGAGCUGGAUACUUUAAAAACUACUCUCAAUAGAACGUCCAGCGACUUAGAAGCUCUGAGGAAAAACAUUUCCAGAGUAAAGAAGGACAUCCAUGAUGAAACAUCGAAGUUACAGAAACUGAAACAUCACAACGAGAUUGUGAAGCAUAAACUGAAGACAAUAACCGAGAAGACCAUUUCUGUGGAAGAGAAGGCCACCAACAUGGAAGACAUGCUGAAGGAAGAGGAGAAGGUGGCCAAGGAAGUGGAGGUUCAGCUGAACAUAGUGAAGGAUGUGCUAUUUAAGAAAGUUCAGGAGCUACAGAAUGAGACUACCAAGGAGAAAUCCCUGGUCGCAGAGAUCGAAGGAACCCGAUCCUCCCUAAAACAUCUGAACCAACGCUUACGCAAGCUGGACUUUGAAACCCUGAAGCAGCAGGAAAUCAUGUACAAUCAGGACUUUUACAUUCAGCAAGUUGAACGCAGGAUGUCCCGACUAAAGGGAGAAAUUAAUUCGGAGGAGAAGCAAACCCUUGAAGCAAAAAUCGUUGAACUUAAGAAGACACUGGAUGAGAAAAAGUCCACGCUUUCCCUUUUGGAAUCACAGAUCAAGAAGCUGCAUAAUGAUCUCUACUUCCUUAAGAAGUCAAACAGCAAGAAUAAUGAUGAGAAGCAAUCUCUCGUGAAUAAAAUAAAUGAACUGCACCUUUUUGUUGACAGAUCGGAGAAGGAACUGAACAAGGCUAAAGCUGCCAAACAGGAUAUGAUGAUCGAGGACAAUCUUUUAAAGUUUGAGGUUAAACGCACCCGAGAAAUGCUGCACAGCAAAGCAGAGGAAGUUCUUUCCCUGGAGAAAAGGAAACAACAGCUGUGCACAGCAAUGGAAGAAAGAGCUGAAGAAAUCAAGGUGCACAAAGCCAUGCUUGCCUCCCAGAUCAGAUACGUUGACCAGCAACGGCAAACUGUGAGUGCUGAGUUUCAUGAGCGGCUAAGUAAAAUUGAUAAGCUUAAGAACAGAUAUGAAAUUCUUACUGUUGUUAUGCUGCCUCCUGAAGGAGAAGAGGAGAAAACACAGGCCUAUUAUGUAAUAAAGGCUGCUCAAGAAAAGGAAGAACUUCAGAGGGAAGGUGACAGCUUGGAUGCUAAGAUCAACAAAGCGGAAAAAGAAAUCUAUGCUCUGCAAAACACCCUGCAAGUACUCAACAGCUGUAACAACAACUACAAGCAAUCUUUCAAAAAAGUGACUCCAUCAAGUGAUGAGUAUGCAAUAAAAAUUCAACUAGAAGAACAAAAAAGGGCUGCAGAUGAGAAAUACAGAUACAAACAAAGGCAAAUCAGAGAACUUCAAGAAGACAUCCAGAGCAUGGAAAAUACUUUUGAAGUCAUAGAACACUUAGCAAAUAAUAUCAAAGAGAAAUUAUCAGAGAAACAAACUUAUUCCCUUCAACUGCGCAAAGAGACUGAGGAGCAGCGGCCGAAAUUAGAGCGCGUGACUAAGCAGUGUGGAAGACUCAAAAGAGAAAUCCACAUUUUGAAAGACACAAAAGAAGAAACACUAGAAGAACAAGACAUUCAACUCCGUGAGGUUAAACAGUUUCACAAGGACAUUGACCAAAUGUUAGUCAAUGCCAUGGAGAAUGCUGAAAUCCACAUCAUCCUUCAAACAUACUUUGAGCAGAAUGGGCUAGAACUACCCACAGUUAAAGGCCCGAGCUCCAGAUCCUCUUCACAGUCUUCCCUGGGGUCAAUCAGGUCGCUUGAGGACACAAUUUCUCCUGUUUCUCCACCUUCAGUUAAAGUAUUACAGCUCAGCUUCCCAGAAUCUCCAACAGGAAGCAGUAGUUCUAGGUCAGCUAGUAAUGGCAGUAAUUCAAGUACUCCAAAAGGAAAAAAGCCCAGCAAAUAAUUUAAGUCUUCCUUUUUCUGGGGUUCCAUUUAUUAACGAUAUAGGCCUACUAAAAUAAUAUUGGAAGUACUGCAGACCAGACAAAGGAGCCCCCCCCACCCCCCGCCAUAGAAAAGGAAACUGCAGAACCUUAGGCAGGACACAUGUGAUUAGGCAGAGGGAAAUCAUUUUUUUUCCUAGAACACUGAUGUCUAUAGUGUUAGAUGUUUUAUGAAGUAACACAUAUAUGAAGUAAGAUUCUUUCAGGAAUACACUUCCAAAGAGUCACUGCAUAUCUCAAUAAGGAAAUUUUCAUUUACUCUAAAUCACAAAAUUACUUUUUAAAAUUAAAAACAAAAAGCAAACAACAACCAUAUUCCCCCAUUUUUUCCCCCGAGGGUAACACACACCUACCUGUUAAAGGCCUUUUUUUGGGGGGGGGGGAGGUUUUAAUUUGUAACAAAAGACAGCAUCAUUAACAUUAUACUCCCUCGGAAAGAAAAGCAUUGUAUAUGUAUAUAUGUGUGUCCAUAUAUAUUUAUCCCUAUAUAUGUAUACAGAAAGUACAACUUGAGUUGCUGUCUCUAUUCUGAUCUUGAAAAAGCUGAACAUUUUACAUUUAUAAUGGAGGUAGAUAUUGCAUAUUAUAUUUAAAGUGAGUUUUUCCAGCACUGAACUUUUUGGAUGAGAGUGUGAACUACUACUAUAAAGCUAGAUUUAAAUACAUUAGCAUUCAUGUAGAUAAAGGAGCAUAUCUUUAAACCUUGAGAAAAAUACGCAUUACAAGAGUGAUUGUAAAAAAAAGCAGUAGUGUUAGUAAAUCUGUUUCUACUGACGAUCGCUUUUAAUUCAGAAACAGGAACGUAUAGUUAAGUCUAAUAACUGAAAUGGCAAAGAAAAUCGUGGACACUUUAUAGUUGAAUGCUGCCAAAAAUGUAUGACAUUUAAUCCCAUCAUCAUUUUGUUUACCAAUAUUGUAAUUCUCAGUCAUAUAUUACUUUGUAAGUUACUAGAAACUUAAAACAUUAAACUUGGUGUUAUACGAAG